UAGCAGUUGUAUAGUAUAUUUUCAAUGUAUUGACCGAAUUGACUACUGGAAUAACUAUUCAUCUGGAAAUAGAUGCAUUGUUAAAAACUCAAAAGUGUGUCUAAUUCAUUUUUAGAAAAUAAUUCUGUUUCUGGGUCAUCUAAUGUUGUUGAAGUUUAUUUUUUUCAAGUCGUUUCUUUAACAAUCCAUUCGGAACAGGAAUGAAACCAUGUGCACCUUUAUAUUUAUAAUCAGCUUAAAAAGGCGUGUUAUUUGAUUAUUUACAGUUAAAUAUAUUCCCCAAACCUGUUAAAGGGAAUUCCUAUAGGAGCAGCAGCAUUAUUAUGUAAUCAUCUAUACAAAUCACCUGGAUAUAUGAUAUUGUUGUUCAAAGGUCAUUCAAGGUUACCAGCUGGAAUUGAUUGCUUUAUCUGCAUGCUUGAUAGAUUGUUGAUGUAAACACUAAAGGUGAUGAAGAAUCUCCAUGAACUAUUUCUACGGAGAUGACAUUUUCCUGCCGAUUUAACCUUCACUCUGUAUUUGGACAUUUUCUUGUUCAAUGAGUGUAACAUUCAAAUUGCCAUUUAAGUUCUGAAGUAAAUUUAUUUGUUUACAUUGAUUUUGGAUUUUAUAUGCAAUAAUGAUUGAACUAGCUGCACUACUGAAAUUUAGUUAUAAGAAAAUACUAAACCUAACUAACUGAAACUGGAUUUAAUGUGGGUAAAGCUUACAGAGUUAUAUAAAGUAAACCAAUUACAUAGUUGAUUGAUGGAUUGUAUUUUUUCAUACCAGCGUUACUUUACUGAUACAUUUUCACAUAAACUUUUUAAUUGAUCGUAAGUUGUACCUAGGGUUAUGGAAGAAUUACUUAUAUAUUACUAUGGAUUAUCUGUGUAUUCCGUCUUUCAUAUUGAUUUAAAGCAUACAUUGUUAUUAAAUCAGAAAAUUGGUACCUGCACAAUUUACAAUCAGGAGUUAAUGGUUAAAUAUUGAAAAUUUAAUCCAUUGUAAGAUAUUUAAUUCUAUAUUGUAUGGCUGACUGAGGAAAAAAAUAGACCGAUUUGCAUGCAGUAAUUUUAUGUAUACAAAGAUCUAUUAAAAUCUACUUGGCAAAUGAUUAUAAGAUAUUUGUAUACCUUUGUUUAGAACAAAUGUUAUUCAACUGCUUUGAACAAAGUGAAGGAAAAAACGGCUUUGUCAAGUGUAUUUUGUGUUCAUUUGAAAUUUAAGAGGAUAAGAAUUUUAAUUUUUCAACAUUUCCGUAUUUUGCUAUUAGUAUAUAUACUCACGGUGAUUUCUUUACACAGGAAAAUAUCUAAGGAAGUGAGUAUGUAUUGAUUUCUUCAGAAAUAUUAAAUGUACAUUGUACAAUUUACUUUGACCGACAAAAUAGCAUUUAAAUAUGACAUUGAAGAGACCCAUUGCAAUAAUAAACUUCACUUUAAUCAAUAAUAAAAUUUCAUUUGCUGUGCAUUUUUAUUGAGCAUAAGAUAUAGAUUAUAAAAGCUUACAGGCAAAGGUAAAUCAUCUCACGUGGGAUCAUUUAUAGAACCUGGAUUAUCUGUCAGUAAUAAUUUUGAUCAUAGGAUAUAUUGGUUAAAGCCAUAUCUCUCUCUUCACUGAUGAUGCCAUAACUAUUUACAAUAUCAUACCUGAAAAAUGAGUUCUUAAUAAGUUCUUCAUGGAUUAUACAGGAGAUUAUAGAACAUGACAAAACUGUGCCAUCUUUAUCUGUGAUUUGUUUUGGGAUCUUAAAUCAAACUUAAUUUCCAACUGUGGAGGAAUUAUAGUGUUAUAAAAUCAAAAUGAGCAAUUAUUUGAAUGUGCCAGAACCUAGUAGGAUGAAGCAAAGGAGGAGGUCUUUAGCCACCCCAGGGGCUCUCAUUACUAUACCAGAUAAUGAUGAACCUGUGAAUUUUAAUGAUGAAAAUUUUGAUGAUGCAGCGUUACGAAAAAUGAUUCAAAAGCAGAAUAAGAGACGAGGAUCCUGUCCUAUCAAUCCCCAGGACCUCAGUGCGUUUGCUGUACCUUUGAUGGAUACAGGUGUGAAAGAAAUGACACCAAGCAAUGACUUGGCGGAUGGAGAUUUUAGACCAAGAUCAGGGUCAACAGGAUUACGAGGACUGUUUUCUAGAAAAAAGGAUAGACAGCGAAAACAUUCAGGUGAUUCAAAUGCUAAAGACACUGCUCCAAGUACAUCAAAAGUGCAAAAUUUUUUAGAUUCAUUCAGACCUCGUGCAAAAUCUGAUCUUUCAGGAAUUAAAAAACCAGGGAAAAAGGUGAUACCAACAGUUAAAAUGGAUGAGUCUAUGGAUGAAUCAACUUUACGCGAUGCUUUGACUAAUAUGCAAAUGGAUAAAACAGCACCAAAUACUCCUAUGGGACAAAUAUUAGAAAAACAAUUAUUAUCACCUACAAACAAUGUCAAACAACGUCAUCUCUCAGGGAAUGACCCUCGUGAUAGUUUUAUGUCACGGUUUAGACCUAGGUCAAAUUCAGAUUCCAAAGCCAAGUCCCCAAGGAAGAUGCUGACAAAACAGAACAGUACAGAUAGUGCUACACCACCAGGCAGCCCUCUAUCACCACUGAAGGCACUGGCAAAUAGUCAUGAACCAAAGUCAGCACCACCUAUCAGGAAUCAUGAACACACACAUGCCAUCAUUUUCAAACGGGAUGAUUCCGUUAGGAUGCCAUACAACGGUUCAAUUCACGAGGAGUUUUCAUUGGAUUCAGAUCUAGAUAAAUUAGAUAUAGAAGAUUUAGAUGAAAACACAGAGCAAGCAUUUGCAAAGUUCAUGCGAGCCCAUAAGUGUUAUGACCUUAUUCCCACUAGUGCCAAACUUGUUAUAUUUGACACAUUAUUAAAUGUGAAGAAAGCAUUUUUUGCCCUUGUAUAUAAUGGUGUGAGGGCAGCACCUCUCUGGGAUAGUACAAAACAAGAUUAUGUAGGAAUGUUGACAAUAACAGACUUUAUAUUGAUUUUACAUAAAUACUACAAAUCACCUUUAGUAAAAAUGGAUGAAUUAGAAGAACACAAAAUAGCUACCUGGCGAGAGGCCCUAUCAGAGAAAAUCAAACCAUUUGUAUAUAUAGAACCAGAUGCCAGUUUGUAUGAUGCUGUGAAAACUUUGAUAAGUAACCAUGUACAUAGACUGCCUGUGAUAGACCGGAUUACUGGCAAUGCCCUGUAUAUACUGACCCAUAAACGCAUUCUUAGAUUCUUAUACUUAUGUAUAAAUGAAUUACCAAAACCAGGUUUUAUGCACCAAACAUUAGAUGAACUUUGUAUAGGAACAUUUCAGAAUGUUAUAACAGCCAAAACCUCAACACCUGUGAUAGAAGCAUUAAAUAUGUUUGUAAACCACAGAAUAUCGGCUGUCCCUGUAGUAGAUGACCAAGGAAAAGUUGUUAAUAUUUAUGCAAAGUUUGAUGUUAUUAAUUUAGCAGCCGAGAAAACCUACAAUAAUUUAGAUAUUACUAUAGACCAAGCUUUAAAGCAUAGGCAUAAAGAGAGUUGGUUUGAAGGUGUGGUAAACUGUCUGAUGACUGACAAGUUAGAAGAUGUUAUUGUAAAAUUAGUUCAAGCUGAGGUUCAUCGUUUGGUAAUAGUUGAUACUGAAACACACGUAAAGGGCAUUGUAUCACUGUCUGAUAUUCUUACAUUCUUAGUCCUAAAGCCUAUGGGUUAUGAACCCAUCAAAAAAUCAUGAUAUCUGUGAUAAAACUGUAAAGGAACUGCUGGUGAAUAUAAGAUCUCAAACCAUCAACAUAACUACCUAUGUAAAGGACAGAAUGUAAUCACUGCUGUGAUUGGUCAAGUGAGGAAAGCUAUCCAGCAGGGAAUGGAUUCUAUUACUGUGAUUUGUUGAAGAUGUCUCAGUAGAGAUGACAUUUAUGAUAUUGUCUUUUGUGAUGCAUGGCAUUAUGGAGUAGUAAACAUGUCAGAUGAAUUAUAAAGAUAAUGUACUAAUAGCAGAUCAUUCCUUCAAUACUGACAAUAGGCAAUAGUGUGUCUCUACUUUCUUCAUUGAAUUUUGAAAUUUAACGGUCAUUUUUUUAUUCUAAAAUAUAGAAUACUCAUCUGAAGCAAAGAACAUUAUAGUACAAAAUUUUUGCUGGUUGUGCUAAUUUUAUUUCGCGUCUAAGACACUUUAAUUUUAACUUUUUAACCAGAUUUUCAAAAGAAAAAUCAGUUAUUGAUUUGUUUCAGUAUUUGACUUAUAUUAUCUUACAAUGCAUUUUAGUCAGCAUUUUUCUUGUUCAAUCAUAUUUAAUCAAAAGUUAAUUCAUAUAAAUGAUUUCACAAAUAUCACAAGUAAUUUUAUUGGACUGAAUUUUUUCUAGUCGAACAUCAGUUUUAACAUAACUCUCAUUAUUACCAUUUUGAAAAAAAAAUAAGAAUUCUAAUGCAUCAUGGAUACAUUUUUCAUCAUAUUGAAUUAGAUUCAUACAUUAAAAAAAAUCAGUUAUAAGCAUAAGUAAAUUAAUAAAGAGAAAAUAUUUACCGUUUUCUCAACAUUUUAAAUUUUCUUUUUCUUUUAAAAGACAGUAAAAAAAGUUUAAUGAGUUAAAUCUGAUUCCAGAUAUUUUUUGUAAUUUUUUUGGACAGAGUGUUGAUUUUUACUGUGACUGUCAUUUACACCGUCUAGUUUUUUUGACAAACUAAGGGGUUUUACUGGGACUUUGAUUUGUUUAUAAUGAAUCUCACCAUUGUCAAAUUUUACUAUUUAAUUUAUUUAAAUUAUUUAUUUUAUCUAUGUAAUGAGAUGUUUUAUUUUUGUAAUUCAGAACAUUCAUACUAAUUUGUGCAUAUCACAAUGAUUGUAAGAUGCAAUUUUCAUAAUUUCUGCGUCUUAUUUUGUAAUUGUAUUUUAGCGGUCAAUUGAGUUCACAAAUUUUAUCCUAGUCUUGAGUAUGACCAGCAAAACUCUUAUUUAGGCAUAUGAUAGAUUACAGUCUAAGUGGCCUGAUUACAGUCUAAGUGGCCUGAUUGGUAGCUUUCCUUGCAUUGUCACAUUUCAGUUUUCCACACUUGAUUAAGUAACUGGUUGAGAUGUUGGUCUAGAUGUUUUGAAAUAAUUUCAGUAAUGAUGAAAACAUAACUAAUCACAUUUGAAUUUGUUUAUUUUUUGUUUGAUAUUUUUCAAGAAAAGAAUCGUUUUUGACCUUUCCAGAAUAACUACAGGUAUAACUAUGUUAUUUGGUAUAAAGUCAGGUUAUCAAAAGUGUGUGUUUCUUCUUUUUUCCCCCAGAAUUAUGCCAUUUGGAUUUUGAAAUUUUAGAAUAUAACAGCAGAUUAAUCCUAGAUAUUUCCAUCAUUAUCGAAAUUAUGGGUUAACAAACCUUCACAGAAUAACAACCUGUUUGUAUUGAAUUUAAAGAAAUUAACUUGGUUUUAACACUUAUUUUCUUAAAGAUUGUCUUAUCUAUGAUAUAAAAUAAUUUAGUUGGAGGUUACUUGUCUUGUUGGUUGCUUCUAAUGUUUGAAGAUUUUUAUUUCUACUUAAAUGUGGAAAUGUUGACAUUGUGGUAUUUUCCCCUUUUUUAUCCCAUUAGAAUUUGAAAAAAAAUUUAUUGUCAAUGCUCAUCUUCAGGUGUUUACUGCAGGUAUCUAAAAAAUGUGUUGGUAAGAAUUUGUUUGUUUUAUCUAUAGCAAUUCAUACAAAAAAGUGGAAUAUAUAUAAUAUUAUUAGUAUCACAAAAGAUUGUAGCAUACAUUACAAAUUUUUAUGACAUUUGAAGCCAUUGCUUAUUUUUAGAUGAUAUUUUAUCACAUAUAAAUGAAAAAAACAAGCGUAUUGUUCUUAGCUUUCAAAGAAUUUAUUUUUGUAAAUGCACAACAUAUAUAUAGGGAUGUUUAGUCCUGGUGCCUGUUAGUUUCAUAUAGGGUAUAUUCAGUACUAUAAAACAAAAAUGGCAUUCAUUUUAAUAUUUCCAGGUCUUUAUAUUUUAAAAAUCAAAACUAGUUUCACAUCGCUAGACAAUGUUUAUGAAUUACUGAUCCUCCAUUAAUGCAGCUUUCACAGCUACAUUUAUGUAAGAAUUUGUUUGUGAUGUUAAAGAAAUAGUCGUUGAUUUCUAUCAACGGUGAAAUAAACAUUUAUAAAAAAGUAACCCCCCUUGUUUGUAUCAGUAUUAUCAAAGAUCACAUGUGUGGCAUGUAAUUCACAUGCAACUUGAUUACCCUUCUUUCUUUUUUUUCAAAGUUUUUUUUUCAAAUUAAUCUAAAGGUAUUCAAAAAUUUUAAAUGCAUUGUUGGAAAGUUUUUCUGUAUGUGGUCUUGUAGUAAUGUACAAGUUCCUGAAUUGGAAUAGGUUAGUUGAAUGAUAUAUAAGGGGAAGCAUUUAAUGACUACAGAAGAUUAUAAUAAAAAAGUAAAGAAAAAAACUAAAUUUCAGGUCAGGAGAAUGAAUGUUUAUUAAUUGACCUUGUUGUGAAUAUUGUACAUAGGUGUAACAUGUAUAUACUAUGAUUUAUCAUAACUAUUCAGAAACUUCUGUUUUGUAGGAACAAUGACAAAAUAAUGAAUUGUUAAUUAAAAAUAAUGUGAAAACAGAA